GGUUACUGACUACAAAUACUUCACUAUAGACGAGUACGGUGGCAACAUUACCACUGCCAGGUACCUUGAGCGGUUGGUCGGGGAGCAGUACAGGGUGAUAGUGGUGGCUAUGAUGUCUGGUAACGCUAAUAACACCGAACUGACCAUCUUUGUCACCCAUUAUAACCAGUACGACCCCAGGCUGUCUCUACAACACUACAGCGCGGAGGUGUUGGUCGGCUCUAAGGUGGGGGCCCCGCUGGUGUCGGUGGAGGGAGCCGACGAUGACGCAGUUCACUACAACCGGCGACUACGAUACUUCCUCGCCGACCCUAAUGUGCACUUUUACCUUGAUCCCUUCCUUGAACCUCCGCGGUGGUCCCCAGUUGCUGUGGACCAGGACAGCGGAGGAGUGAGUGUGUCCGGUGAUCUCCGCCUCAACACUUCACCCUUACAGCUGCUGGUCGGUGUUGUGGACGCUGGCUCACCACAGCGAUACAGCCUCGCCAACCUCACCAUCUAUGUCAGAAACAUUUCAGCGCCUCGGGGUGUAAAGGUGGUUCACACGACAGAGUCAACCCUGAAGGUGUGCUGGUCGCCGCCCACCCACGGCCGCCCACAAGGCUACGUACUCACCUACACCCCCUCCCUCGCUCACUCAAACUAUGGUCAAGGCUCUCUCAACCUGUCCAUUAGUCAGCUGCGAUCAAAGAUCAUUGGUGGCAGCAGCCGGGAGGAAGAGGCGGUAGGAAAGAACGAGGGGGUAGUGGGCGGUGUGGCGGGCGGUGUGGUGGAAAUAUAUCGCUACUGCGCCAUCGUGGGCGGCCUAGCCAGGUGGACGGAGUAUAUAGUGGGCGUGCGGGCGUGGGCGGUCGAGCAGGUGUCUAUAGCAGCUGUCCCAGUGUUGGCUACCACCCGGAGUGACUAUUGUGGUGAGGGUGUGUGUGGAACAGGCGGCUGUACUCUCCGUCAGUCUACGCCGGGGUACAUCUGUCACUGUCAGCCUGGCUACUAUGGUCUUAACUGUCAGCACCACAACCCCUGUCUCCCUCACAAUCCCUGUCAGCACUUUGGCAAGUGUCAAAAUGCGACUGAUGGGUCAUACACCUGUGACUGCCCAAGAGGGUUCUACGGUGACAACUGUACACAGAUUAACCCUUGUGAAGCAGUCACCUCUAACCCCUGUAAUAAUGGUGGAACAUGUGUCAGUGAGGAAAGUGGGCGGUACAGGUGUGUGUGUACUGAAGGGUUUUACGGGAUGACGUGUGAGCACUACGACCCGUGUGUGUCCAACCCUUGUCAACACGGCGGCUCCUGUACCAACCUCUCACACACCUCCUUCAGCUGUCACUGUGCUCCAGGAUACAGAGGCAAGUUGUGUCAGGCUGAAGUCAACGAGUGUUUUCCCAGCCCGUGUGCUCGGGGCCACUGUGUCGACCUUGUCAACGACUACUACUGCCAGUGUCCUCAAGGCUGGGGAGGCAAACUUUGUGGCGAGGACUUGGACGAGUGCGCCUCCUACCCCUGUAUGAACGGUGCCACGUGUAUAGACGGCGUGGCAUCCUUCGUGUGUGACUGUGCCUAUGGUUACAACGGCGAGCACUGUGACAUACCAGAAUCCUGUCCUGCCCAGCAUACCCUCCUCGAUGCCGGUGACUUCUACUGGCCUGCAACACAACACGGCACGUCAGUCACCCUGGCUUGCCCAUUUGGUGUCCGAGCCUCAGCCAGAGAUAACAUUAGCACGGGUAACACCACCACACUGCCAGGGGCUUACACCACCACCCUCACCACCACCAACAACAACAAAAAUUCCCGUUACAACAAAUAUGAUGUCACGUGGUAUGAGGAUGGGUCGCCUCGCUCUACUCCGGCGCCGUUGUCACUCAGCCUGACGACUCACGCUCAGUGGAAAGGUGGCAGUUUUCGUAUUAGCAGAAGGACUCGUAACGUAGAAAUCCCCGCUAGUGCUUAUAACACCAGCCCUUCGUCUCCUGUCUCAGAAGUAAAUGAUCAUGAUGCCAGGCGGAGACUAAUUGUAUCCAACUUACGAGCAUCACCCCAGGGACGGCCGGGGCAGAAAACAACAACAACAAGAAAAAGAAGAAAAAGAAGAGGAUAAAGAA